GAGAGACAAGGGAGAGAGCGUUGGUAGUGGCGAGUGUUAGCGUUACCAUCGUCAUCGUCGUCCUCUAACGCAGUCUCUUCGUUCAUCGGUCGACGUAUGUACAUACGAUCAAGUAAAAAGUUUCGGUCAAAUAUCGUCUUGUUUACAAAAAAAGUCUUUAUACAUAGUCCUUCCCCUUUCUUUCUUUCUGUUUAUUUUUUUCUUCCUUUUAUAUUUUCUUUUUUAUUACCUCGUGAACGUGCGCGCUACGCGCGCACGGCCAAGCAUGCGUGUCACCGAAAGAACUUCGUUGACCAGACCAACAGAUUCGCCCGAUUACGUUGAGUUUGCAAGUCUCUUGAGGACGAGGAGAGCUCGAAUACGAAACUUUCAAUGCUGUAUUUGCGCAAGUCUCAUAGCAAUAUUCACGAUAGCAUUGAUCGUUACGAUCAGUUAUUCCGUGAGUCAAAGUAAUCAAACAGGAGAUGAAACAUCUAAUAAGACAUCUUCGAGUACCGACUCAUCUGGAACGGACGAUGUUGCUACUUUACAAUUGGGCCUAACUACGGGAUUCGAUUCAUACACUUUCUUCAGUACUACCAGUGCGAGUCAUUUCGUUUAUGGAGAAGAUGGUAACGUUGACUUUUCGCCAACGCAGAAUCUGACGGAUACAGAAUUGAAGGAAGCCCUUUCGGCUGGUCAACAGGCUGUACAAUUGAGAGUUUCUGCUGAUACUGCAGCAUUAUCUUCACCUUUACCAUCGCCGUCGCCAGAAUCGAGACAUCAAUGGGCAGUCAGCACGAGUGUCAACGUCGGUGGUUUAGCUUUGGCUGCCAUUGGCGAGAUAGCCGCUACAAAGAGAAUCGAAAGCGCGAGAUCAUUUUCAGGCAAACCAUCAGCGAUCGGUUGCUUCUUCGACGGUGGCUGGGCACCGAAAGGUGUCUGCAGAGAAUUUCUGAAUGUGAAUUGCACCAUCGGCAAAUAUAGAAAUUACGACGGGUCUUGCAAUCGCCCGAAGCAAUGGGGUUCGGCUUUGAUGCCGUUUAGGAGAAUCCUGCCAGCAGAUUACGCUGACAGAAUCGAUUCACCUCGAAGAGCACGUUCCGGAAAUGAGUUACCCUCGGCAAGAGAGGUUAGUCUGAAGGUUCACAAGCCGUCGCCUAGUUCGAAUCCUUCGUUCACCGUAAUGUUAGCCGUGUUCGGUCAGUUUCUCGAUCACGAUAUCACAGCCACGGCGAUCAGUCAGGGCGUCAACGGUAGUUCCAUCUCGUGUUGUCCACCUUCCAUCGGCCAUCCAGAAUGUUUUCCCGUUCCCGUGGGAUCGGGCGAUCCAGUUUAUGACAUUACUGGGAAAACCUGCAUGGAGUUCGUUCGAUCGGCACCGGCUCCUCAGUGUAAAAUUGGACCAAGAGAACAGCUUAAUCAGGUGACCGCUUUUAUCGACGGCUCGGCGAUAUACGGAUCGGACUCCCAAACCGCACACGAUCUGCGAGAAUUUUCUGGUGGACGAUUAAGAAUGCAAAUAACACCGGACAACAGAACUCUUCUACCGGCUAGUUUAAAUCCCAAUGACGGAUGUAAUAGAGAAGAUGAACGUCUAAGAGGACGUUAUUGUUUCCUCGCAGGGGAUCCGAGAGCGAACGAGAAUUUGCACUUGACGACUAUGCAUUUGAUAUGGGCAAGACAACACAAUAAAAUUGCCGAUGGAUUGGCCAAGGUCAAUCCGACUUGGUCAGACGAAAAGAUUUAUCAGGAAGCUCGUCGUAUAAUCGGCGCUCAACUUCAGCAUAUUACCUACGAAGAAUUCGUUCCAAUUAUAUUAGGUGAACAGGAAACCAAUCUUCGGAAUUUGAGACCUUUGACUUCGGGUUAUAGAGAAUGGAGCGAAAAUCCCGAUGAUCCGACCAAUGACCCUACUAUAGCCAACAGCUUUGCUGCAGCGGCUUUUAGAUUCGCUCAUACUCUUCUGCCCGGUUUGAUGAUGAUGACGGACGCUCAAAAAGGCACUUCGUCGUAUAUCGAACUUCACAGGAUGCUUUUCAAUCCUUAUAGUCUAUAUUCGAGCGAUGGCAUUAGUAACUCGGUAAUUUCGGCUACCAGGAAUGUCAUUCAAAGAACUUCAAUUCACGUCACAUCGCAAUUAACGAGACAUCUUUUCGAGGAUCCGAUUAACAACGUUUCAGUACCUUGCGGUCUCGAUCUCGUAUCGUUGAAUAUUCAACGUGGAAGGGAUCACGGACUACCUGGUUAUACUAAAUGGAGAGAAUAUUGUAAUUUGGGGAAACCCGAAUCGUUCAGUGAUCUGAUCGAUCACAUGGAUCCUGAAGCCCUCGAUGCGAUAUCAAAGCUAUACGAAUCCGUUUACGAUAUUGAUCUAUAUACUGGUGCAUUGGCGGAAAUACCGAAAACCGGUGGCAUCGUUGGACCCACUUUCACGUGUUUAAUUGCUGAUCAGUUCGUUAGAUUGCAGAAAGGAGAUCGUUAUUGGUACGAAAUACCUGAUCAGUCACAUUCCUUUACGGAAGAACAAUUGCAAGAAUUACGUAAGAGUUCCCUAGCGAGAUUGUUGUGCGACUGUUCCGACGAAGUAACGCAAAUUCAAUUGAAAGUUAUGCGAUCGAUCGGUGCCGAUAAUCCAGUGAUAUCCUGCGAAGAUAUACCGCAAUUGUCUCUUGAAUUUUGGAAAGAAGGUCGUCUAAAGGUACCGAUUUUAAAGGCAGCUCCGUUCACGGUGGAUUGGUUAAAUUUCAAGAAGACUUUGAACGAUACGAUUCAAGAAAUAGUGACAUUUAUUAAUGACACCAGAACCGAUCUACCACCGGCUAGUCCCGAUUGGUUUGCUUUUGGUAACGAACUGAACAAUACAUUUUCGGAGAUAAGGAACCAGCUUAACGGAUUACAUCCGAAAAAGAAUCCAGACGUGGAAAUGACGUCUUACAACGACGAGAAUUUUAUUUUACGAGCUGCCCCUGGAACAGCCAUGUUCAACGAUUGGAUAAAUUUCAAAAUCGAACUCAUCAAGACGUUGAACGAUACCAUUGGUGGAUUUGGAGGUAUUCCACCGAUUACCGCCGAUUGGAUAGGCUUGAAAACGAAGAUCAAGAAUCAGACGUCCGAUUUAAUAUCUCAAAUUAUUUCUACAAAAAUGGAUCUCUUUUCUAACGUUCCAAUGAAAAAUAAAACAGCUGAGAUGGCUAAUGCAGGUAAAGAGAGUAUCGCUGCAAUUUUUGAUUGGAAAAAUUUCAAAGGUAACAUAAUUAAUUCUCUCGACGAUGUUAUUACGAAUAUUGCUACUAAUAUGCCUGGACCUGGCGAUCCAGCUUGGGCCACAUUCGGAGAUGACAUUAAAGCUCAUUUCAAUGCUCUUCGCGAUAAGAUUAUCGCCGACACAUCGACCAUACCAACUGAGUUAGCUGCAGGAUCAGAGAAUUCGCUAACCGACUGGAUAUCCAUUAAAAGCGAUAUCUUAAAUACGGUGUCGAAUACCGUACAGAACAUAGAAGACGGUAUGCCACCUCCUGGUGAUCCCAUAGCCUGGUUAGCUUAUAGAGAUAAAAUCAUGAAAAGUUUUGCCAUGUUCAACAGUAAAUUUCCUACGAAAAAUAAAACAUUUUUAAAGAAUCCAUCUCCUUAUACAAACGUGCCGUUUGAAGGUGCACUAGCUGAUAUUCCGGGCAAAUCGAAAGGCAAUCCUAUGACACUGCAACUGAUGAACUUAACAAACGAUUGGUUUGACUUUCGAAAUGAAAUAAACGCUUCUAUUGCACAGGCAAUCGCAUAUAUUAAAAGUAAAAAUCUAACGACGGUAGAUCCUGUUGGUUGGAUCAUCUUUGGCAACACUUUCAAGAGCAAAUUUGCAGAGUUGAAAGACGAAAUUGCUGGUAUAAAAGCCGAAUGGGCUGAUUUCUUUAGCAUGGGUGGAAACAGUACCGUUAACUCACCUACGCUUAAUUUCAAAGAAACCACCAAGGCUGGGGAAGCCUCGUUACUCUCCGUCAAAGCUGCUACUUUUACAAAGCCAAAGGUCUGGCCACCAACGAUCAUUCCAGCAGCCGACUGGAUAACUUUUAAAAACGAUAUUAACGACACGAUAAUGAAUUUUUUAAAUACCGUUAAUACAACGAACGCUGGUUGGGCUAGUAUCAGUGACACUUAUACGAAAUCAUUCGAUGAUUUGAAAAAUGAAAUCGUAGCUUUGAAAGGAUUAAUCACGACAAAUACUACGAAUUCUAUAGCUGCUGCUGAUUGGAGCAAAUUUCACACACAGUUGAACACUACUGUGAACGAUCUUAUUCAAAAUUUAAAGAACCAAACACAGGCAAACAUUAUGGAGAUAAUAAAGAUAUUGUUCGACGCCAAAGAUAAAUUCUCUAUUCUCGAGCCACCGGUUUUGCCUUUGGCUAUUUUCGAAACAGAUAAUUGGGCUUCGUAUUUUGUUGAUCUUAACAAAACAGUCGACAACGCUUUGAAGAAUAUUGGUGAUUUAAAGCGUCCCGCGGCGAUAGUCAAAGCAGACGAGCCCGCCUCAUCAUCUUCUAAUAUCAUCAAAGUUUCAAGUUUCACGAGUUGCCUAAGUUUCGUUAUUGUCUUUAGCCUGUUCAAUCUUAUCUCAUCUUAUACAUUUCGUACUAAAAUAGAGAGAUACGAAUAAUUACUAGGUUUUAAUAAGAUCAUUCAAUGAGUUUAUUACUUUUCUAUAUAAACUUAUUCUUACAAACUAAUAAAUAAUCAAAUCGACACUUCUAAUAGACUUAAAGGAGGAAGUAUACGUACAUUUUUUAUGCUAUAAGAAAUUAUUAUCGAUGAUAUUAUCUCGAAUAUUGUUAACAUAAUUAAACGUUUUACGAAAAUUAAACGGCCAGACUGAGAAGAAGAGCGGUACCACGUGUUGUCCAUAAAUCUGGUUCCUCCGAUCCAGUUUUUAAAUCAACUGUCACGACAAAAGCGGGACGGCUUUGAUCGCCGGAUCUUUGAGGGUAGUAAUAAGUCGGACAUAUGUAUAGUCCUAUCAGAAAGGAUGUAUGAGCGAUAAUGACGGUUUAAAAUAUAAAUCGAAAAAAUGAUUUAAAA